GAAGUACAUCACUUCCUGUGUUGAAGUAGCGAAGCUGCGCCUUUCAACUUUACUAGUGGGAGCUGUAGCGGUAACUGUGCGGAGGAAUAACCACGUACUUAAAAGGACGACAAACAUCGGGGAAACCCAUGAUUCUGUCCCUGACCUUGACCAGCUGGUUUAUUGGACCCUACAAUUAGACGGCGACAGAAUGGGACAAUAGCCGUGGGUAUUGGAUAUCCCUUCCCCUCUCUUUUCCAUUGUGUUUCUUUUCCUCCACACACAUGUUCAAACAAGCACACUCGCCUACUGUCACACGCGCAGUUACCACAGCUAGACUCUUGGCCAUUGUUCAAGAGUGAGCAGCGGAGAGACGACUCUUUGCGGUGGAGGGAUGUCGCUCUAACAUGGACGAUGGCCAGAAAAAGACUCUCGUCUGCGUGAAGUGCACCUCGCCUCCACAGAGGGAUUGUGUCAGAUAAUCAGCGAGGACUCGGAACGAAAGUCAAAUGGACCUGAAAGACCCGCGACGAGUGAGAACGUGAAAGGUUUCUGCUCCGCUGCAAGACUAACGUUGUGCGUUCCACUACAAUCAGAAACAUCGGAACAUUCUGUGAUUCCUUAUCUCAACCCCCCACUCCCAAGUGCCUUUUGUGUCUACAUUUUGUUUUUUUAAAAGGUUUACGUUCCCUGACGGCACUAACUCCAGGACCUAUAUGACUGGUUUACAAUUUUUGGCCCUCGUCCCAGUUUCGUCAGCGCUACAUAUCGUAUACCUCGCUAUAUAGCUGUAGCUGGGCAUUUUUCUUAUUUCUUUAUUAUUAUUCAUCUCCUCCGAGCUUAUGUGUCUGGGUUCAAGCUCCUCUCAGAGGAAUGAGACCACCAUAGAGUGACUGCCUGGUUUCUUUCACGGCCAAGCCGCUCCAUAACCUCUUUUGAACGCAGACGAGUCGAGCUGAGCCAGGUGUGCCUGCCGAGCGCGUAGAUCCCUGCGGGCGUCUGCCAUGGUCAAGCUACAGUCCAAAUGGCGCUACCUGGUGAUGUUCCUGGGCGUGCAGCUGGUCGUCAUGGCGCUGCUGUCGCGGGAGGGCUACCAGCGGAGGGUCUCGUACUUCUUCCGGAUCUUCCGCAAGGCGGAGCCCUCGGCCGCAGCCCACGGACGCAACGGCACCAGCACCAACGGAGGGGACGUGUACGCCAACCUGUCGGUCCAGGCCCGGAGUCCAGCCAAAGAGGACCUCCCCUACUGCCCCAAGAAGUCGCCUCUCAUUGGCGGACCGAUCCGCGUCACUUUCCCUACGGGCUUGACGUUUGCCGAGGUCCAGCGAAGGAACCCACUUGUUACUCGGGGAGGUCGUUACCAGCCUCCGAACUGUGAGGCCAGGCAUCGCACCGCCGUCAUUGUCCCCCACAGAAACCGGGAACACCACUUGAAGUUCCUGCUCUACUACCUGCAUCCGUUCUUACAGAGGCAACAGCUCGAUUAUGGUAUCUACGUCAUUCACCAGGCGGGGGACUACACGUUUAAUCGGGCCAAGCUGAUGAACAUAGGCUUGCGGGAGGCCAUGCGCGAGGAGGAGUGGGACUGUCUGUUCUUCCACGAUGUGGACCUCAUCCCCGAGGACGACCGCAACACCUACACCUGCGACAUCUACCCCAAGCACGCCGCCAUAGCCAUGGACAAAUUCGGCUACAAGUUACCCUACAAGAUGUAUUUUGGAGGCGUGUCUGCACUGACUCCUCUGCAGUACCUCAAGAUGAACGGUUUCCCCAACAACUACUGGGGCUGGGGAGGCGAGGACGACGACAUCGGCAUCAGGGUGUCCCUGGGAGGUAUGGCGAUCUCUCGCCCGUCGCUGAACGUGGGCCGCUACAAAAUGAUCAAGCACAAGCUGGACGAGGGGAACGAGCGCAACCCCGAGAGGUUCAACAUGCUGGCCAAGACCCGGCAGACGUGGAAACAGGACGGCAUGAACUCGCUGGAGUACGAGCUGCUCUCGCGGGACUACCAGCCGCUCUACACCAACAUCACCGUCAACAUCGGGACGGAGGAGGGCCUCGACCCGCCCCCCAAAACCGCCGCUGCCCCGGUUGAGGACCACAAGCCCAAUCCUCCCAGCACCAACACGGACAUAGAGACGAACAUAGUGAGCAAGGACACGGCAGACCACUGAGCUGUGUGUGUGUGUGUGUGUGUGCGUGCGUGCGUGCGUGUGUGUGUGUCUGCGGGUGUGUGUGUGUGUGUGUAGUAGCAGUGGGAGUGUGGUUGGUGGUGCUGGGUAGUGAGGAGGAUGAGUCCUAUCAAAUGCCCACUUGUCUCUGUCCUCCUGGACUGAAAUAAGCCUCCCAGCAUCAUCCAUCGCCUCCCACAUCUUUGGGGACCACUGGCAGUGCCAUUCCAGGACCAAUCUCUCUCACGCUACUGCCUUGUCUAUCUGCCCUUCUGCUCGCCUCUGAAGGGAAGCGCGGCUACAGCAGUCACCAUGGCCCCUAUGACAGAAAACAAAAAGAAGUAAACUUGGUGGGUGUGGGGGUGUUGCUUGAGUGUUUGCCACUGUUUUUUUUUUUUGGGGG